AUGGCAAAGAUGCCCGGCAUGAACAUCCCCGUCGACAGUGGCGCCGGUGAAGCCGGCCUAUACUGGUACCCAAUGUCCCAAGAUCCCGUUCAGUUUCAGCGUUCUUAUGCUCGCACCGGUCACUGGGACGGCCUCAACCGCGCAAACUACGAGAUGAUCGUCGGUGCCAAGGUCAACCGCAUCCUCUUUGACGGCGACACCGCCACGGGAGUGCAAUUCGUCUCUCGCAAUAAUACGGGAGCCGCCCCUGUACAGAUCAAAGCCCGUCGCGAAGUCAUCCUCGCCGCCGGCUCCGUACAUACGCCGCAGGUCCUCAUGCUCAGUGGCAUUGGGCCCCGCGCACACCUCGAGCAGGCGCGCAUCGCCGUCAAGGUUGACUUGCCCGGCGUCGGAUCAAACUUCCAAGAUCACAGCUACAUCCCAAGUAUCUCCUACCAAUGGGGCGUCCAGCCGCCCAAUUCGGGCGGAGGCGGCUGGGGAGGCGGCGGUCCGCCUUCCCUAGCCUCCAUGAUCGGCCUUCCCGUCGUCAGCCCGGACAGAUUCGAGACCCUAGCCAAGGCAUUUGAAGCACAAGACCCCAAAUCCCACCUACCCUCGACCUACACCGCCGAGCAAAUCGAGGGUUACAAGCAGCAGCAGAAGGUCUGGGGCAGGCUCAUGCGCUCCAAGAACGUCGUCUUCUCCGAGAUGAUGAUGUACGGCCCCGGCGGCUCCGUGCAGAACCUGCACUGCAUGUCCCGCGGCAACAUCCUUCUCAACACGGCGCAGCCCGAGAGCGAAAUGGUCGUCGACUACCGUGCCGCGUCCAACACCAUCGAUUUGGACGUUAUGGCGGAAAUUAUCAAGUUUAUGCGACGGUACAUGACUACCGGCGACCUGGCGCAGUACCAGGCGCGCGAGACGUCGCCAGGCACGGGCGUGUCGUCCGAUGCGCAGCUCGUCAGCUGGGCCAAGGGGCAGAUUAUCCCGUCCGUGUAUCAUCCUGUCGGUACCACUGCGAAGAUGCCGCGCGAGUGGGGCGGGGUGCUAGAUGAGAAUCUGCUGGUGUAUGGUGUGAAGAAGUUGAGGGUUGUUGAUGCUUCGAUGAUGCCUACGACUGUUGGUGCGACCACGUCCAUGACCGUUUACGCUGUUGCUGAAAAGGUAGGUUCUGAUGUCUCCAAGGCCAUGGGAAGAUUGCUAACAGGAAUGAAAGGCUGCCGAUAUGAUCAAAGCGCAGACACUGUAGCUGAUGCUGGCUCUAUGUGGAACUUUCGAAGGGCAUGGUGGAGAGACAAUAUUGGAUUAGGGGGUCAUGCUGCGACCAUCUUACCACAUUCGUUGAUGCUUUUCACAUACCACGCAGACUCUAACUCGUUUCUGAGCCUGUUGUCAGAGGAUCGUACGAUGCCCAGUGAUCUGAUUGAGUAG